GUUGCGUGAUGUUUUGAAGAUGCGUUUAGUUUGGUAAGUCAUUUGAGUUUGGCGUUGUAAGUGUUUGACACUGUGUCUAUCAAGAUAAGCAAAACCCGAUAUCGUCCUGUCCUGUAUGAGCAGACGAAUAACAGAGUUAAAUAUGAAGCUCAUCGUAUUGGGUGGCACUGGUCAGACGGGGCAGCACUUAGUAAGCCAGGCACUGCAACAAGGGCACACCGUUACCGCUGUGGUGCGGAACCCAGGCAAAAUGACAGUGUCACAUGAGAACCUGAAGGUCGUGGAGGGAAAUAUCUUCUCUGAGGACAGCCUGAAGCCACACUUCCAGGGCCAUGAUGCAGUGCUCUCCUGUCUUGGUUUCCCCACAUCAUUUUUCUCUGGAGUCACAGGCUACACCCAGUCAAUGAAUGCCACCCUCAGCGCCAUGAGAGAGACCAAAAUGAAUCGUGUCAUCACCAUGACUUCCUGGUAUACUGCCCCUGGAUCUUCAGACACUGCUCCAUUUUUCAUCCGCAACGUGCUGAUUCCAAUGAUCCGGAGUGUGCUCACCAACAUGUAUGAAAUGGAGGGCCUUUUGAAGAAGAAUGAGGACAUCAACUGGACAGUUGUUCGACCUCCUGGACUCGGGAAUGCACCUGAAACAGACAAAGAGAUUGUGACUCAUGAAGGGUACUUUGUUCCUGAUAUCAGCGGACAAAUGGUAGCCAGGGGUGAUGUCGCUCGCUUCAUGCUCUCUCUCCUGGGCAACACUACUUGGCUGAAGAAGGGUGUCGCCAUGACCACUAAAUGAAAUGUUGAUGUUGCCUUGUGCAAUGCAGUGUUUGCUCAAGAACCAGAUUUCAAAAUAAAACAAAGACCAAAUAAUUUGAACAUGAACAUGAAGAGAAAUACCAAUCAUUACCAAGAGCCCUGCUCCUUCAUUAUCCUAACAACAAAAACAAAAACACAAGAGAGAGCUCAGUUAUUAACCUGUCAUACUCAGGUUUGUCACUAAAUCAUACCACUUGUGGGACAACACGAGAGUUUUUUGUAUGCGUUUCAUUUAGGACUGAAUUCACACUGGUGCCUUAAUUUUGUAAUUGCAAGUUACAUGUUAAUGUGUAUGUAAUGUGUUGCUUUGUGCAAUUAUUCAAUACUAAGGCUCUAAUUUUGUCCGUUAGACAGUUUACUAGAAUCACCUUUAUUGGUUCAUGAGUGUGUGAAUGUUACCGUUAUCUGUAUGGCCUGGAAAUAGAUAUGAGGUCACAAAUGCUUUUGAGCAUCUUUCUAUGGAAAAGGCGUUUUAUAAUAGUUCACUAGUGCUACUACAACAAGGCCUUGGUAACCUGUUUUAACAAGUGGUUUUCCAAACCAACACAUUUUUGCAAUAUAUGUUUUUGCAAGUAGCAACAUCUAACGAGAAGUGAAUACUGAAACUUGUUAUGUAUCGUAGGCACGGAAGCUGAACUUAAUGAAAUUCACAGCAUCUCCUCCGCUCAUUCGGCUUCUUUUUUUGAGUAUUGUGAAUGCUGGCAACAAAUAUUUAACAUUUAUUUACAGUAUUGUUGUUGUAAUAACACCGAAACACUUGCAUGGCAAUUACGUUAAACUGAUGGAAUGAAUGUUUGAAAGAAUAGCCUAGGGUGAAGGCUGCGACAUCAGGUGAAAUGGGACAAAUAUGGCUUUACAUCUUUACAUCAUAAAUAUUAGAAUCACUAAUAAUGUUAUGAUAUGGUAACUACAAAUGUUCAACAAUCAUUUUGAUUGGUCUGAGGUAACAACGUGGAUUACAAUUCAAAGAACCACUGGACCAGAACUUAAAAGAAAGUUACAUGGCAUGUUGAUUUUGUGUUGAUGGUGAUAUGGGCUCUGCAGCUAAAACCUUGAUGAUGUAACAUAAAACAUGUUUGUAUGAUGUGA